CCCUUGCUACUGUUAGUCUCAACCAGUACUCAAUUAAUUCCCAAAUUGCAUUCCCUUUUUCUCUCUAUCUCUAGUUCUCUCUUUCUCUCUCUGAAGAUGGGAGAUUUCAUGCGUUUGUUUGCAACUUUCUUUCUUGUAACAAUGCUGGUUUUGGCCACUGAUAUGGCACCAAUGAGCAGUGCAGAGGCAAGGACCUGCGAGUCACAGAGCCACCAUUUCAAGGGGACAUGUCUUAGUGAUACCAACUGCGCCUCCAUCUGCAAGAAUGAAGGCUUCAUUGGCGGCGACUGCCAUGGCCUUCGCCGCCGUUGUUUCUGCACUAGAAACUGUUAAAAAAUUAAAGAAGAAUAUUUCUAAGUGUCUGUGAGAAAUGAUAUUUUCAUUGUCUUUGUGAUUGUUUCCUUGUUAAAACAUCCAUGAUAACUAAAGUUGUUUAUCAAUAAAAAGACAUAGAUAGUCUUGGUACGUUCUGUGCUUGA